AUGGGUGAGCUUCAAGCCAUGACUAUCAACCCAGCCACAUCGUCGCAUGCUGAAACUGUCGGGGGCAAUGUCAACGAGGAUAAGGUCAGUGUACAACAUGCCGACAACGCGUUGGCUUUUGCCAUAGAACACCAAAACAUCACCUGGACCUCGGAAGAGGAAGCAAUGGUUUUGAGGAGAAUCGACCUUGUCAUUCUCCCCUUGCUUUUCUUUGCGGCAAUCAUUGCAUACUCAGACAGUCAAGCAUAUGGAUUCGCAGCCAUCUUCGGGCUCGUCCAGGACAUGAAUCUCUUUGUUCCCAAGAUCCAGCACGGGGAAAUCUACCUCGACCUGUCACGGUAUCAGUGGACAGCGGCGAUCCCAACCUUGGGCUCGGUCGCCAUGCAGUAUCCCCUUCUGUUAUUAGUUCAGCACCUUCACAUCGGUCGCUUCAGCGGGGGGGUUAUAAUAUUCACAGGCCUCCUGACCUUACUCACGAUUGUCUGCAAGAAUUUUGCCGACAUCAUGGCCUUAAGAUUCUUUACUGGACUUUCCACUCUCACGCAGCCGCUAUCAAUUCUGAUGACGUCGAUGUGGUGGAAGAGUCCAGAGCAGCCCCUUCGAGCAGGUAUUUACAUCUCCGGCACUGCCCUUGGCUCUCUGAUCGGCCAAGGCAUCGAUCUUGGUGCAAUCGAUAUCAAAGGCGCAUACACAACGAGCCCUUGGAAGUGGAUCUACGUCAUUCUCGGGCCCAUUACCAUCGCCUUUGGUUUUGUCAUGGUCGUACUGUUCCCAGCAUCCCCGAUGAAUGCCUGGUUUCUGUCUGCGCGACAUCGAGAAAUCGCCGUGCGCCGACUCCUCCAAAACAAUACCGGCUUGAAGGCCCGCAAAUGGAAGUGGUCCCACCUUCGGGAAGCUUAUCUGGAUCCUCAACUCUAUGCGUUAUGUAUUUACAGCUUCACCUUCGCCUUUGUCAACCAGUCUAUCGGCAGCUUUGUUGGCUUUUUAGUCACCUCCUUUGGUUACUCAAACAAGCGAUCCAUUAUAUUGUCCAUGCCAGCGAGUGCCGUGGCAGUAGUGUCUCUAACUACAUCUGGCUACCUGGGCUCUCGCUUUCCGACCAAGAGGCUGAUUAUAGCGACCUCCUACCUGAUCCCUGCCAUGGUUGGUAACAUAAUGCUGUGGAAGAGCGACAGAUCUAAUAAAGGUGCUCUUCUUGGUGGGCUGUACAUUUCAACGGUGGUUUACGGAGCCCUUGUGCAAAUGUUCGCUCUGCUAUCCUCAAAUGUCGCAGGGUACUCCAAAAAGACCGUGGUCAAUGCCACAGUAUUUGUCUUUGCAAAUUGUGGUGCGUUUGCGGGACCCUGGGCAUAUAAAAGUGAUGAGGCCGCUCGAGGAUAUCCGACUGGUCAGAUCUCAACUCUUUCUCUUCUGUGUGCAAGUGCAGCGGGAUUCGUGUUGUUACGACUGCAUUAUCACCGCGCGAAUUCGAAGAAGGCUCGAUUGAGGGACGAGCAUCCAGAAUAUAUCACAGAUCCUAGCAUUGCGCUCGCUGACCUGACAGAUAAGGAGAACCCUAUCUUCCGAUAUAUGACCUGA